AUGAUUAUACAUAAUUUUUUUGUUUCUUCAUUUCGACAGAAGGUUCAUAACUUGAACAUAUUUAAAAGAAGAAAUACGAAAAUUUUAUUUUAUUCCACAAUAAAUUGCAAUAUCAUUAACAAUGAGAUAACACCUAAGGAGGAUAGUUUAAAACCUCACUGGAUUAACAUGGAUAAUAAUAAAAAGCUUAAGAAUAAAUGUGUAGAUGAUGAGACUUAUAAAAAUGAAGAGGCAAACCUUCAGAAUAAUGAAUAUUUAUAUAUAUCUAAGAAAUCUAGGAUGAUGAAAUAUAUUAUAAGAUUACGAAAAAAAAAAAACUUUCGAAAAAAAAACAAUUCAUUUUUUGUUAAAGAUUCUAAUACAAUUUUGCAUUUAUCAAAAAAUAAGAAUAUACAAUUUGAAGCAGUCCUAGGAACAAAUAAAGAUAUAUUAAAUAAUUUUAAAAAUAAGCAAUGUACAAAGUUAUAUUAUAUAAAUAAAGAUAUAUUAAAUUAUAUUUUUUCUGACACCUUAAAUGUAAGGAGACAAGAUAAAAAUGAUGCUGUGGCUAUAAUAAAGAUACCAUGUUUAUCAAAUAAAAUCAAUAAUAUUAAAUUUUUAUUAGUACUUGAUCGAAUUCGAUAUGCAUAUAAUCUUGGAAAAAUAUUAAAUGUUGCAUAUUCAUUCAAUAUAGAUUGUUUAUAUUAUACGAAACAUACUGCAGAUCCUUAUAACCCGAAGGUGAUGGAAAUAACAAAAGGUACACAUCUAAAUAUUCCUCAUAUAUUUGGAAAUUAUCAAGAACUAGAACAAUUAUGUAAGGAACACAAAUUAAUACCUAUCGUAGCACAUACGAAAGGACAAAAUAUAGAUACCUUUUUUAAAAAAAAUAAAAUUAAAAAUAAUAAUAUAAAUGGUAUCUGUCUCAUAUUAGGAAGUGAAUCAACAGGCCCCCACACAGACGUAUUUAAAUAUGCCCAUCCGAUUCAAUUACCAAUGCACGAAAUGACCAACUCCCUAAACGUUUUUGUCGCAGCCAGUAUUUUAAUUCAUUAUAUUAAAAAAUGUUGUUUAUAA